AUGGGAACCACAGCUCCUUUCGGUCAAUGGCAAAGCCCAAUCAGCUCGACCCUCUUGGGUGCCGAUGGCGUCCAGUUCGAGUCCAUCGCAACCUCCAAUGGCAAGAUUUAUGUCAUUGAAGCCCGCCCCAAGGAGCAGGGAAGAGGAUGCAUUGUCGAGUACUCUGGUAAAGAAGGACGCGAUAUCCUUCCAGCGAAGUAUAACGCCUCUAACAAGGUCCAUGAAUAUGGAGGCGCGUCAAUGAUCGCGUCCAAUGGAUGUAUCAUUUUCACCGAUAAUGAAACUCAAGAUCUCCAUAGACUUGACCCCUCUAGCGGUGACAUUGAGCGCGUUACCAACACUGAUCCAACUCUCCGCUACGUGUGCACAUCGGCCCUCGGAGCUGGAGACAACGCUCCACCAUCGUGGCUACUAGCGAUCGAAGAAGAUCACACUAAGCCCCAACCGUCUCAGGUUCAUAAUCGCCUGGUCGCUGUCAACUUGCAAAGCAAGGAAAUUGUUAACGUGGCCUCCGGUGAUGACUUCUACGCCGCCGCCCAGUUUUCUCCUGAUGGCACCCGGGUUUGCUGGAAUCAGUGGUCUCAUCCCGAUAUGCCAUGGACUGGAGCCCGGGUGUAUGUUGCCAAGUGGAACAAUGGUCGGGUCACUGAUGUUCAGCUCGUGGCCGGUGUGCCCGAGAAGGAAAGUGUGUCGCAGCCUCGAUGGGGCGUCGAUAACACUUUGUAUUUCACAAGUGACCGUACUGGUGUUUGGCAGUUGUAUCGGACCAAGGUUGAGAUACUGGAAACCCGGAGGUUAGAACUUCGUGGCUUGGAGGACGUGGAAUUCUCUCAGCCAGAUUGGCGACUUGGAAACUGCACAUAUGUCGCUCUCACUGAAACCAGCAUGUUGGCCUCUUACAACAAGAAUACCCGCUGGACCUUCAUUAUCAUCGAUUUGACAAAUGAAACUUGGAGAGAUAUCAAUAUCCCAGUGACAGACACGAUCAUCAUCGCGGAUACGCCCCUAUCAGACUCCAAGGUCGCUCUACUUGGCUCCAGCGAGACUACUUUCAGCACCCUGUUCACACUCGACACAGCCGAGAAUGUGCAACUGAAUGCGAUCAAAGCUGCCUCCGAUUUCGUGAUGCCUGCUUCUAUGAUCUCCCACCCAAAGCACAUUUCUUUCCCAAGAGUUCACGGCACAAACCUCGAAGGCGAGGCCCAUGCAAUUUUCUAUCCACCUCAGAACUCCGAAUUCCAAGCACCAGCCGGCACCUUGCCUCCCGUGAUUGUUUGUGUUCACGGCGGCCCCACUUCCAUGACGGGGUCCGGUCUCAACGUCACUGACCAAUAUUGGACUUCGCGCGGAUAUGCCGUGGUGUGGGUCAACUACGGAGGCAGCUCGGGAUACGGCCGGGCAUACCGGGAUUCCCUGAAUGGGCAAUGGGGCCUCCUCGACACGGCUGAUGCAGCAAGCUGCGUCUCAUACCUCACUUCGUCCGGCAAAGUAGACAAGAACGGCGUCGGAAUCCGCGGUGGUAGUGCAGGCGGCUACAUUGUCCUCCAAGCUCUCUGUGAUUAUCCCGAUAUCUUCUCCGGCGGCGCCUCACUUUAUGGAAUCGGCAAUGUUCGAACUCUCUGCGAGGAUACUCACAAGUUCGAGAGCCAGUAUGCGUUUGCACUGUUGUUCGAGCCGGGCGCCGGCGAAGAGGACAAGAACCGCAUUUUCUUGGAACGUAGCCCCUGCUACAAGGCGGACAAGAUCACCGCUCCGCUCUUGUUCCUUCAGGGAGACGAAGAUCGUGUCGUUCCAUUGAACCAGGCGGAGGAGAUGGUCGAGCAGAUGAAGAAAGCCGGUCGCGAGUCUAAGUUGGUGGUCUUCAAGGGAGAAGGUCACGGAUUUAGACGGGCGGAGAAUCGGAUCAACGCCGUGGAAGAGGAGGAAAAGUGGUGGAAGAAGGCUUUGCUUAAGCUAUAG